GAGAGAGUUUUUGUCAGUGCAGCAAAGAAAGAGAAAAUACGCAAAAAAAUGAGAAGAAAACGAAAGCUACACCUCUUCCUCACUCCUUAUUAGAUCUCUCUCUUUCUCUCUCUCUCUCUCUCUAACGCAAACACGGUUUGUUUGUAAGUCUCACACACACACACAGAGACUCUCUCACUCUGUCGCCAAAUCUGUAAAAAAAAUUCAAAAUCGAAAUCCUCUUAUCUGUUAUUUUUAUUUUUAUCUAUCUAUCUGUCUAUCUGUUUUUGUAUGAUAUUUCGCUGAUACCAAGCUGGAGGUUGGGGACCGAGUCAACUCGACCGAGUUAUGGGCUGUUGCGAAUCGUCCUUCUUCAAAGGACCUAAUCGUCGUCAUUCUGAAGACAAAAACCACUACCAUCGCCACCACCACAACAACAACAACAACAACAGCAACAACGAUAACAGCAAUAACCUCUACAGUCAUUCCGCUACUCCGCCUCUCAACGGCAACGACGCCGUCGUCUCCGCCGUGUCCGGCGCUCCUGGCUUCUCCGAGUUCUCACUCUCCGACCUCAGAGCCGCCACCAACAACUUCAGCUCCGACUACAUCGUCUCCGAGAGCGGCGAGAAAGCCUCCAAUGUCGUCUACAAAGGCCGCCUCCAAAACCACAACCAACGCCGCUGGAUCGCCGUCAAGAAAUUCACCAAGCAAGCUUGGCCUGACCCCAAGCAGUUCGCCGAGGAAGCUUGGGGAGUUGGGAAGCUGAGGCACAAGAGGCUAGCGAAUUUGAUAGGGUAUUGUUGCGACGGCGAUGAGAGACUACUUGUGGCGGAGUAUAUGCCCAAUGAUACCCUAGCUAAACAUCUAUUUCACUGGGAGAAUCAGACCAUUGAGUGGGCUAUGCGUUUAAGAGUUGCGUUGUACAUUGCAGAAGCGUUAGAUUAUUGUAAUACUGAAGGCCGUCCAUUAUACCAUGACUUGAAUGCAUAUAGAGUUCUCUUCGAUGAGAAUGGGGAUCCUCGACUUUCAUGUUUUGGCUUGAUGAAAAAUAGUAGGGAUGGAAAGAGUUACAGCACAAAUCUUGCAUAUACACCUCCCGAGUAUCUAAGAAAUGGUAGGGUGACUCCGGAAAGUGUUAUCUUCAGCUUUGGGACUGUCCUAUUGGAUCUUCUCAGUGGAAAGCACAUUCCUCCAAGUCAUGCUCUCGAUAUGAUACGGGGCAAAAACAUUCUUCUCCUCAUGGAUUCACAUUUGGAGGGUAAUUUUUCAACUGAAGAGGCAACUGUGGUUUUUGAUCUUGCUUCACGGUGCUUGCAAUAUGAGCCGAGAGAACGGCCAAAUACUAAGGAUCUUGUUGCAACACUUGCACCACUACAAAAUAAACCUGAUGUUCAAUCUUAUGUGAUGCUGGGAAUCCCAAAGCAUGAGGAUGCCCCUCCUACCCCACAACACCCUCUUUCCCCAAUGGGUGACGCCUGUUCAAGGAUGGACCUUACAGCUAUCCAUCAGAUCUUGGUCACGACACACUACAAAGAUGAUGAAGGAACCAAUGAGUUGUCUUUCCAAGAAUGGACCCAGCAAAUGAGAGAUAUGUUGGAGGCAAGAAAGCGUGGGGACUUGGCAUUUCGUGAUCGAGAUUUUAAAGCUGCUAUAGACUGUUAUUCUCAGUUCAUAGAUGUGGGAACCAUGGUUUCACCAACUGUGUAUGCACGAAGAAGUCUUUGCCAUCUCAUGUGUGAUCAACCAGAUGCUGCCCUUCGAGAUGCCAUGCAAGCACAAUGUGUCUACCCUGAUUGGUCCACAGCAUUUUAUAUGCAGGCAGUAGCUCUUGCCAAGCUCGAUAUGCACAAGGAUGCAGCUGACAUGUUGAAUGAGGCUGCUGCACUUGAAGAAAAGAAGCAACGGGGUGGCAGAGGGUCUUAAGAAGUAGCCCUGUAUUUAUUCCUUGAUAUAAUUGGCACUCAAUUAAUUGUUGUUGUUGUCGAUGGUGUUGUAACAAAACAUGAGGUCUAUGUAUAAUGGAAAUUGAAAAUGUGGCUUUUGUUUAAAGUGUAUCAUAGAGAGAGGGAGAAACUUGUUUUCUUGUGCACCAAAUGUUUUGCUAUUUUUUUUAAUUAAUGAAAUAAUUAAUUGGUUCUUAA